AUGAGUGAAAAACGCAAAGCGGGGAGUGGCAAUGCCGAUGCUGUGCAAAGAAAGGAACCCGAGUUGUCUGGUGAAAGUUAUGUGAACACACAAGAUGCGGUGCAGCCGGACGUCGACAAUGCAGCCGAGGCAGGCAAGAGGCAGUGCCCGCCACAAGUGCCUCCACCCUCAACCGCCACCGUAGAGAAAUGGGCCUGGGGCUUGGCCGUAGUUGCGCUGCUGCUCGUCAUUGGCAAGUGGCGCUAUGAUGAGUACAUGGCUGCACACGACCCGAACAUACUGCAGGAGGACUACAUGGAGUACCUGCGCCAGCGGUGGUCGCGCCAGGGAGAGGCACUACUCGCCAACGUCUCUCAGGACCCGAGCUUCACGCGCUACGGCGACAGGCGCAUUUACUUCCGCGCCAUCACGCGGACAGUUCCUGUGCCCGACAGCACGCCGCCAGCAUACAAGACGAAGAUCGCGAUGUCAGAGGUGGACGACGACAACCGCUGGCGCGAAGACGAUGACAACAAUAACAAUGACGGUGACGAGCUACAGUGUGUCGGCGACGAUGGCGUCGUGCACAUGCACUCCGUCGGCCUGCGCUCUGACGGCAUGCGCUUCACGUCCUCUUACGUGAAAGGCGUGAAGGCGGAGGAGCGGCGUCUGGAUCGACACGUCUCGUGCCUGCGCAGCGUCCUACCGCUCAUGUGCCGCGGCGACAAGUGGGAGGUCGUGUGCGCUCCGGAGGAGGCGUUCGGCAACGCUGGCGAGCGAGAAGUGCCGCCCGGCGCAACGGUCGUGUGGCGCGUCAGCGUCGAGCGCGUCGACGGCAGCGGC